AUGGCUUCCAUGUCGCUAAAUUUUAUCUUGUGCGACCCGGAGGAUGCGUUGGCUGUGAACUCACGCGAGCAAGUAAAAGCAACAAAGGAAGGUGAAAGCAGCGCGUUCGUGAGCAGUAUCGAUAGUAACUGUUCACCGAAAUCAGGCAGUUUAGCUCCUCGUCAAGCUGUAGAUGACCAGAAAAGCCGCGGGAACGCACGUAAGCUAGACAGGCAGCAACACACGCGCCAACUGCAAAAUUUGCGUCAGCGCCGUUACCGAGAGCGUAAGAAGUUGAGCGCAUCGACUUUGCAGUCCAAUUCGGAGCAUGUGUAUCAAGAAAAUGCAGCACUUGAGACUUCUAUUUUGGAGCGUUUCAAGGCGCGCACGUCUGUCUAA